AUGAGCCGUCGGUUCGACCGGGAGGUGCAGCAGCUGCAGCUGCUUCGGCCCGGUGAGCAGGCUAAAGUGGCAAAGCAAACCAGCAGAGAGUUAAAAGCUCAAGACGACGCCACCCAAGAUGAACCAUCAGCGCAUUGUUACCGGAACGAGGAAUUCUGGAAUACUGACAAGCUCUGCUGCGGGGCGAAGCGCAGGACUUUCUGCUACAAGAUCACGGGCAGCAUUGAUGGGGUCAGAGUGGCCACCUUCGUGACGGCGGCACUCGUGAUAAUGAUGCGACCAGCCCUCCUGGCACUUGAAACAAAAGGCAUCACACUUUUCGCAUUUCGUACCUGGAACAGCGUCCGAAUUGCCAUUCGCACCAGCAAGAUCGCGAACAACGUUGAAAAAGCCCGAGUGGCCACCUUUAUGAUUGCGGCACUCAUGAUGGUUGUGUGGCCACAUCUCUUCGCAUUUGAAGCAUAA